GGCCUGUCACGCCACGUGUCCUCCGGUUCAGCCCCAAGUGGCGGUCAGACCCGGAGACCAGAGGCGGUUCCCGCCGACCCGGCAGGCCCGGGUCUCCGGUUUCCCGGUUCCUCAGCGGCGUUCGCGGGGGUCUGCUGAAUCCACGUGCGGACGCGCGGCCGCUCCCGGUUCCCGGGGCAUUUGGGUUCUCGCUCUCAGACGGGGGUGCACGCAGGUGACCGGCAGGAUAGCCGACCAGGGAAACCGAGUGUCGGAGGCUCUGAGGCCGGUCAGAGCUGCCCCGGAGUGAGCGGAAGACGUCCUCGGCUGUCUUAACACGAACAUUUGGGUUAUUCUGAUGUGGCCAAAACUCCCCCAAGUAUACUUCCAGGAUUCCUUCCGGAGCAGAUUCAUCAGGAUGAGCAUGCCAGCCCCACCCAGACUCCUGGACCUGGCAGGUCAGAGCCUGCUGAGGGAUCAGGCCUCAGCCAUCGCUGCUCUGGAGCGGCUGCCCAUGGAGCUCUUCCCACCGCUGUUCACAGCGGCCUUCACUGGGAGGCACAGUGAAACCCUGAAGGCAAUGGUGCAGGCCUGGCCCUUUGCCUGCCUCCCUCUGGGGGCCCUGAUGAAGGAGCAGCAGCCUCACCAGGAGACCUUCCAAGCUGCACUUGCUGGACUUGAUGUGCUGCUUGCCCAGGAGGUUCGCCCCAGGAGGUGGAAACUGCAGGUGCUGGAUUUACGCAAGAAUGCUCAUCAGGACUUCUGGACUGUAUGGUCUGGGACCAGGGCCAGUAUGUACUCCCUGUUGGACCCAGAGGUGCCUCAGCCCAUGAAGAAGAGGCGAAAAGUGGAGGGUUGCAGGCCAGGGCCCAAGCCACCCUUGGCUCCAGUGGAGGUGCUGAUAGACCUUUGCCUCAAGGAAAGAACCCCUGACGAGUCCCUCGCCUACCUCAUCCAGAUAGCCCAGCAGAGGAAGGGUAUGAUGCACUUGUGCUGUAAGAAGCUGAAGAUUUUCGCAAUGCCCAUGCAGAACAUCAAGAAGAUCCUGAGAAUCAUACAGCUGGACUCUAUCCAGGAUUUGGAAGUGAAUUGCACCUGGAAACUGUCCACCCUGGGGAAGUUUGCUCCUCACCUGGGUCAGAUGGGCAAUCUGCGCAGGCUCCUCCUCUCCCACAUCCACAUGUCCUCCCAUACCACCCUGGCCAAGGAAGAGCAGUGCAUCAGCCAGUUCACCGCUCAGUUCCUCAGGCUGCACCACCUCGAGGAACUCUAUUUGGACUCUAUCUCCUUCCUUGAAAACCGCCUGGACCAGGUACUCAGGUGCCUCAUGACCCCCUUGGAGACCCUGUCAAUAACUAAUUGUCUGCUUUCGGAAUCUGACUUGACACAUCUGUCUCAGCACCUGAACGUCAGUCAGCUGAAGGACCUGGGUCUCAGUGGGGUCAGCCUGACCAAUAUGAGUCCUGAGCCUCUCCAAGUUCUGAUAGAGAGAGCCUCUGCCACCCUCCAGGACCUGGACUUGGACGAGUGUGGGAUCAUGGACUCCCAGUUCACCGUCAUCCUGCCUGCCCUGGGCCACUGCUCCCAGCUCACGACCUUCAGCUUCUGUGGAAACCCCAUCUCCAUGGAUGUCCUGGAGAACCUGCUGCGCCACACCAUUGGGCUGCGCAAGCUGAGUCAUGUGUUGUAUCCGGCCCCCCUGGAGAGUUAUGAGGAUGUCCGUGGCACCCUCCACCUGGGCAGACUGGCCCACCUGCAUGCCAGGCUGAAGCAGAUGCUGCAGGAGUUGGGGCGGCCUGGCAUGGUCUGGUUCAGUGCCAACCCCUGCCCUCGCUGUGGUGACAGGACCUUCUAUGACCCAGAGCCCAUUCUGUGCCCCUGUUAUAUGCCUGCCUAGCUGAAUACAUGUAUCAUUGGCUUUACUCUGAGGACUUGGACACUGAAGCCUAGGCAUACGUCUAUGUUACAAGAGCACAGAAGCCACAGUUUGAGAAAUUCUUCCUGAUGUGAGCAGAAAAAGGAAAGGUGAUUCAGAGGGGGGGGAUGUUGACUUGGGAGUUCAUAGGAUCUUUGGGGAGAUGCAUCUUAUAGUGUUAGAAUUAUGAAUCUGAAUUUCUAGAGGGAGAUUCAAGUUUGGGAGGUAGAUGUAGGAGUUAUCCCUGCAUAGAUGGUUGUAAAAACAUGGUCAGAAAUAAAGAGAACCUCAGUGUCAA